GGUAUAACUAAUAAAAAAAAAAAAAAAAAAAAAUAGAGGGUUUAAAGAACAAAGAAGAAACCCACCCGUAAAACUAAAACCCCACGCCUCUUUCAUCAAAUUCUCUCUUUCUCUUACUCACACUAAAAUCAAAGGUGAUAGACAGAGAUGACGUUUCUGCGACAAGCCGCGGCUAAUUUGGUUAGAAGAAUCCGAUUCAGUACUUCUCCAACCGCGAUGUCUUCAACUCCAACCCGCAAUGUCUUCCCUAUUCCUUCACUCUCCAGAAAAAUGAAAUUUUCUUAUAAAUUUGGUUCUGGAGACUAUACUUGGAGCACGAACCAGAUGAACCAUCAUCUAUGGAUUGUUAUAUGUGGGAAUGCUGCAAUAAUUCUUGGGAUAAAUGCCAAUCCUGUCUUCGCAAAAGAUAUCUCAACUGAAUCAAGUUUUGAAAGUAGCGCUGAAGGGGAUGGCAUAAUUGGAUUACGCAAGGUUGAGGAUGGCUCUAUCAUAUCAAACAUACAUACAUCUAAAUGGAGAAUUUUUACGGAUAAUGGGAGGGAUUUCUUCUUGCAGGGAAAAAUUGAGGAGGCUGAAAAGUUAUUCCUUUCUGCGAUACAAGAAGCAAGAGAAGGUUUUGGCGAGAGGGAUCCACAUGUUGCAUCUGCAUGCAACAAUCUGGCGGAGCUGUAUAGAGUUACGAAGGCAUUUCAUAAAGCAGAACCAUUGUUUUUGGAGGCCACAAACAUACUGGAGGAAUCAUUUGGUCCUGAGGAUAUACGUGUGGGAGCUGCUCUUCACAACCUUGGGCAGUUAUAUCUUGUGCAGCGAAAGUUGGAAGAAGCUCGUGUCUGCUAUGAGCGUGCUCUAAAGAUUGAGGGGCGUGUUCUGGGAUAUGGCCAUACAGACUAUUCUGAUACUAUGUAUCAUCUUGGAAUGGUGCUAUAUCUGCAAGGAAAGGAGAAGGAUUCUGAGGCUCUAAUUCAGGAUUCCAUUAGGAUACUAGAGGAAGGUGGCCAAGGGGAAUCUUCUGUUUGUAUCAAGAGAUUACGAUAUCUUGCUAAGAUUUAUCUGAAGUCUAAUCGUCCCACAGAAGCUGAGAAUUUGCAGAGAAAGAUACUGCAUAUAAUGGAAUUAUCAAAGGGAUGGAAUUCUUUGGACACUAUUAUUGCAGCUGAAGGGCUGGCCAUGACCCUACAAUCAGCUGAGAACUUAAAGGAAGCACAGGAGCUCUUUGAAAGGUGUCUUGAUGCCCGGAAAAUGUUACUUCCAGAAGACCAUAUUCAGAUUGGUGCCAACAUGCUUAACAUUGCUAGGGUGGCAAUGCUUAAUUGCAACAGACUAAGGAAGUUGGAUAUUUCUGGUGCAAUUUCUGAGCUUGAAAAGGCAAAGGAUCUUUUAGAAAAUUCCAUAAGGAUUUCACAACGAGUUUUGGAUAAAUUGAUUAAACAAAAAGUCAUCACGAAAGGUUAUGGUGCACCUGGAGAAACAAGGAGGGAUGGCCGUGUGGCAUUACUCAUACUGUUGCAAUCAUUUGAUGCUCUUGGCCAUCUAGAGAUUACCAAGCAAGAGUUACAAGAGUCUCAGGAGCACUCACCUGUUGAAGUUGAGAGAGCACUUUUCCAAUGCAUUUCUGCUUACAGAGAGUUUGGAGCUGAGAGGUCGAUUUCUGACUUUCCUGAAGUGAAGGGCCAGUAUCUUUCCUGUUUGAAACGCUUGAUAAGCUAUAGCAGUACUGUAGGGACACAAAGAUUAAAAGGGGAAACUUUACAAGAGCUGGAAGAUGAAAUCAAGCAUCUGGAAGUUGAAAUUUCUCCUUAUAGGAAACAGAAAAACUAAGCUGGGUGCUGGAUUUUGUUGCAGUAGCAGCAGCAGUUACAGCACUUAUGCCACCUGCCAUUCACAAAUGUUUCCUUGCAUAAUUCUAUUAACUCUCUUUUGUCUUCAUAACUUUUAAAAGGAAAAAGAAAAGGAAAAAAAGAAAGAAUUUUAGAUAUUCCUUUGUCAAUAAAUCAGAGUAGCCCAUGCCCUCCUAUCAGCAAAGUGGGAUUUUGGUGUGAAGUACACGGGAUUCUUGCAAUAAGGCCAGCAAGAAAUUGUUAUUUUAUAUGCCAAGUUAUAAAUAUAUAUAUAUAUAUAUAUAUAUAUAUAUAUUUUUUUUUUUUUUUCAUUUUUCAAAAUUUUUUGAUAAGUAUUGUAACCACAUCCUUGUUGCAUGUAACUAUAGUAAUCAUGGUGCAGACCUGCAGAGCCAACGAUAGACGACCUUAUUCUGUAUGAUUGGAAUUGCACAUUCAAUUCUGUUUCUGUUCUAUAGAUAGAAGAUAAAAUUAAUAAGGUUGUAUCUUAUCAAACUUUUUGUACUUACAAAACAAAAGUACUUAUUAGUUUUUGUCUCCGAAGGGUGAGGGGGGUGAUCACCUAGUUUGGAGAUUGACUAUGUUUGUGGUAUUUGAUGUACACUCUUUUUAUAAGCUGUUAUUUGUCCAAACACUGAUGAAGUUCCUUGGGGGGCAUUUGGUGUGCAAAGGUGCCUAAACAGGUGUCUUUUUUCUUAUGGACGGCAGCUAAUAAUGGGAUACUCACCAUUGACAAUCUUGUCAAGAGAGGUUGGUUUUUGGCUCAUAGGUGCUGUUUAUGCUGUUGUGAUGGAGAAUCAGUAGAUCACCUUCUUCUUCAUUGUAAGUUUUCUCACGCCUUAUGGUGCGAGGCUUUUGCAGUGUUUGGGAUCCAAUGGGUAAUGCUAAGUUCAGUCAACUCUUUUUUCUUUAUGUGGAAAAAUUGGUUUGGAAAGCAUCGUUCAACCAUUUGGAAUAUGGUCCCGGCGUGUUUAAUGUGGUUAGUUUGGCAGGAACGCAAUACCCGCACUUUUGAAGACAGGGAGAGAAUAUUAGAUCAUCUAAAAUCUUGCCUCUUUGGUACUCUGUUUCUUUGGGCUUGUAUUUGGGGGUAUACGAAUUGUAUUUCUUUAUUUGAUUUUUUAGUCUCUAUUUCCUUUAGUUCUUGAUUA